CAGGAGAAGGCAGCCGCGAGGCAUCACCUAGCCCACUUAGCGUUGCUGUUUCGCACUAAGAUAUAGUUAUCCGUUCAUCGAACUCUUAGUGCGACCACUAUCGACACGUCGAAACACAAGAGCUCCUGUACUUAGAAACAAUGCCUCGCCUGGAAUCGUGUCACUGGCCUUGUUAGGGAUCUGGGGUCCUUGGUCCUGGUCAUGACGGCGCAAUAAAACACAUAUAUGGAGAGCAGUGUUCCUUGCGAUGCAUGCCGCUGUUCCACGCCCAUACUUGCUCCCGGCUUGUCGACUGGAUCGUCUGCGCCAAAUCAACCACUGAGCAGGCUUCCAAAGGUUGAUCCUCCAAUAUCAUGGCGUCGCCGGGUGGUAUGCCUCCUUCGAUGGCAAACAUGAAGCCACCAUACCCUCCAACAGUGUGGGCGUUGGGUGGUGCACCUGUGAAAAGAGUAGAUAUCCCUGCACAGGCUGUGUUCAUGUUUCUUUUCAUGAUCGGUGCGGCUGUACACAUGAAAAUAUUUCAGAUGAACAGAGCAAGAGGACACAAGUUUCUAUUCAACCUCUUCAUCUUCAUUUUCUGCAUAUCGCGCGUCCUCACAUCUAUACUACGAAUUGCAUCAACGGCGCAGUCUCGAAACGUCAAACUCGCUAUCGCGGCAUCGAUCUUUGUUGCGGCUGGCGUACUCAUUCUCUUCAUCAUAAAUCUGGUCUUCGCUAUGCGCAUAGUGCGGUCACUGCACCCUAGACUCGGGUGGCAUCCUGCAUUUGGCAUUGCUUUUAAGUUGCUUUGUGUCCUGACUGGAGCAACAAUUAUCAUGGUCAUUGCAGGUACAGUACAAAGCUUCUACACUCUGGACCAGAGCACUAGGGCGUUAGAUCGGAGUCUUCAACUGUACGGGUCGACAUAUCUCGCCAUCUUCGCCACGUUGCCACUACCGGUUGUAGUCCUUUCACUUCUUAUUCCUUACUCGCCACUGGAUCGCUUCGGCACUGGACGUCUGCGCACCAAAGUCAUCGUACUGCUCGUCAGCACUACCCUACUCUCCAUUGGUGCCUGGUACAGAUGCGGCAGUACAUGGGCGCCACCCGUUCCGCGAUCUCAACCUCUUCCAGGCUAUCUAGGCAAAGGCGCAUUCUACAUCUUCAACUUUUUCGUCGAGAUCCAGACAGUUCUGAUGUACGCCAUCUUGCGCGUAGAUCUUCGCUACCACAUUCCGAACGGCGCCAAAGGGAUCGGAUCUUAUUCCUCGUCACAGCAGCUCGGUGAUGUCGAGAUGCAAGAUUCGCGACCAACAUCAGCAUCAGAAUCCAUCAAGGACACCCACAGCGAGACUACUACAAAGACCACACCCACAUUCGGUCUAACAAUCGAUACCAGCGUCCCCACCAUCCUAAUUCACGAUCCCGAAAAGACCCCCGUCUUCUCUCCCGAAUCCCCUGACAACCACGUUGCCUCCACCGAAUCAUCACCCACCACAUCCCCCGCAAAGUCCAACCGCAAAUCCCUCCUCCAAUCCCUCUUCAAGCGGCACUCCAAACCCCCCUCCCUCCCCCCAAUUCCCGACACAACGCCCCUCUCCCCACCCCCGGUAGCCCAGCCCUCGCGCUGGCGCGACAGCGAACAGCGCCGCAUCGUCACGCGCCUCGGCGGGCCCUGGCACGAACUCGCUUCCCCGACCUCGCCCACGAGUCCCAGCACCGUGAUGUCCUUCCGCAGCCGCGACCCGCGCGACAGCGUCGGCGGCAUCAGCAUCAACACGGGGCUGUCCUUCGCUGCCCCGAGCGCCGUCACGGCGCCGAGUUUGCGCGACACACUGCGUGCUGAUGACGGCUGGACACCGGAUCUCGACUGGGAGCUUCGCAGUCCACGGCGGUUUCUGAGCAUGAAGAGGAGGGUCACUGGGGAGUAGGGGUGGGCGUAGAGCAAGCGAGCCCUGGCGGCGUUGGG